UUUUUUUCUUUCUCUCUUUUGAUAUUUAGUUAUGAGUUAUAACAAUCAACAUUUUUUUCCUCCUCUUGUUCUGGAACCAAAAAACGAUACCCGUUCAAAUUCACCAAUGCAAAUGAAUGAACCUUUAAAAAGUAGUAGGAAUAUCCAUAAAGACCUAUUUUAAUCUUUGCAUAGAUUAUUUACCCACACGACAAUUGCCUUCUCUUGAUUCACUUCAACAGCAACAGCAAGAGGAUUAUGUUCGAAUCAAGUUUUCGGGUAUGUCCGUUGGUGUUGCACCAAAUUCAAUACAAGAACGUGCUCUUUCCAGCGAAUAUCUUCAGCCAACGGAAUAUAUGCGCCCAAACCAGCCAUUGCUAAGAAGAGCCGUGCUCCAGCAACAGCAAUAUGGUCCUCAUCGUCGUCAUUCAAUAGCUAAUAUGGACUUGGAUACUAAUCAUCAUAGACGAUACGAAUUCUCUUCUUCUGUCCUUCCUCUUCCACCACCACCACCUCCUGUUCUAUCUACGGGUCAUUAUUCAGCUCCUUCUAGUCCACCCACAGUACAAAACCGAUUAGCAAAACCAUAUCAACGUCCGCCUUAUACAAAAAAGAGUGCCAUUUAUCAAGAAGAAGAACAUUUAUUACGUAAUAUGCGUCGUCAUUCUUCAGCUUAUCAACAAGAUAAAGACAUUGCCGAAAAAAGACGUCUGUCACUUUAUUCUGUCAUGCCUUCAGGGAAAAGUGAUGAAGAUAUUGAAGAAGAUGAAGAUGAUGAAUAUCAUAAAAAGAAGACAGAAGAAACAGAAGGGUUUUAUUCUAGAAGUCCUGAACUUCGUAUUAGUCACAAAUUAGCUGAAAGAAAGAGAAGAAAAGAAAUGAAAGAGUUGUUUGAUGAAUUAAAAAAUGUUCUUCCAGUAGACAAGUCAAUAAAGACAAGUAAAUGGGAAAUUUUGACAAAAGCUGUCGAAUAUAUUAGUGUGUUAAGAAACAGAGAUUAUAAUAUGGAGCAAGAAUUAAUGGCAUUAAAGCAAGAACUUGAAUCAGUAAAAAAUUCUUAGUUGCAACAUCCUAAUUCGGAAAAUGAACAUUUAAAUCUGAACAAAUCCGGACCAUAGCAUUAAAAAAAAAGGAAAGCAUAAUAAAGCAAAAAGACACGGACGAAUGAAUAGAUACAUACACGCAAUGAUAUACAUUCAUUUCUUCUAAAUUUAACAUAGUGAUAGAAGCAAGAACCAAAGAAGAAGAAGAAAAACUAAAGCUAAAGAAGUGUAACUUCACUUACACGUGUCAAAAUAUACAUAUAAAUAUAUAAAAAUGUGGUGUGUGUGUGUGUG